GCCCACUGCAGCUGAAGGAAGCACUUCCCCUCCUUCUCGCAGUGACAGAGUCUCUGGGACGGCGCUCCGCUGCGUUUCUCCUGGAAGCGCCUCGCGCCUCGCUCUGCAGGUAAAUUAACAUGAUGGAUUUCUCUAAGCUACCCAAAAUAGCUGAUGAAGAUAGAGAAAGCACAUUUGGUUAUGUGCAUGGAGUCUCAGGACCUGUGGUUACAGCCUGUGAAAUGGCAGGUGCGGCCAUGUAUGAACUGGUAAGAGUGGGCCACAGUGAAUUGGUUGGAGAGAUUAUCCGUUUGGAGGGUGACAUGGCUACUAUCCAAGUGUAUGAAGAAACUUCUGGUUUGACUGUUGGAGAUCCUGUACUCCGUACCGGUAAACCACUUUCUGUAGAGCUUGGACCUGGCAUCAUGGGAGCCAUUUUUGAUGGUAUUCAAAGACCUCUGUCAGAUAUCAGCACUAAGACCCAAAGUAUCUACAUUCCCAGAGGAAUUAAUGUUCCUGCUCUUAGCAGAGAUUUAAAAUGGGAUUUCACACCUUGCAAAAAUCUUCGGGUUGGUGGUCAUAUCACUGGUGGAGAUAUUUAUGGAAUUGUCAAUGAGAAUUCUCUUAUCAAGCACAAAAUAAUGUUACCUCCAAGAAAUAGAGGGACUGUAACUUACAUUGCUCCACCGGGAAAUUAUGACACUUCCGAUGUUGUCUUGGAGCUUGAGUUUGAAGGUGUAAAAGAGAAGUUCACUAUGGUCCAAGUUUGGCCUGUCCGUCAAGUUCGGCCUGUCACUGAGAAACUGCCAGCCAAUCAUCCUUUGUUGACAGGCCAGAGAGUACUUGAUGCCCUUUUUCCAUGUGUACAGGGAGGAACUACAGCGAUUCCUGGGGCUUUUGGCUGUGGAAAGACAGUGAUAUCACAGUCUCUAUCCAAGUAUUCGAACAGUGAUGUUAUUAUUUAUGUAGGAUGUGGUGAAAGAGGAAAUGAGAUGGCUGAAGUCCUCCGUGACUUCCCAGAGCUCACAAUGGAAGUUGAUGGCAAAGUAGAGUCAAUUAUGAAGAGGACAGCUCUUGUGGCCAAUACCUCCAAUAUGCCUGUUGCUGCUAGAGAAGCCUCUAUUUAUACUGGAAUUACACUGUCAGAAUAUUUCCGUGACAUGGGCUAUCAUGUCAGUAUGAUGGCAGACUCUACCUCCAGAUGGGCUGAGGCUCUUAGAGAAAUCUCUGGUCGCCUUGCUGAAAUGCCUGCAGAUAGUGGCUAUCCUGCAUAUCUUGGUGCCAGGCUUGCCUCUUUCUACGAACGAGCAGGCAGAGUGAAAUGUCUUGGAAAUCCUGAGAGAGAAGGAAGUGUCAGCAUUGUGGGAGCUGUUUCUCCACCUGGUGGUGAUUUUUCUGAUCCAGUUACAUCUGCUACUCUUGGUAUUGUCCAGGUGUUUUGGGGAUUAGAUAAGAAACUAGCUCAACGCAAACAUUUCCCCUCUGUCAACUGGUUAAUCAGCUACAGCAAGUACAUGCGUACCUUGGACGAGUACUAUGAUGAACACUUCACAGAGUUUGUUCCCCUGAGGACCAAAGCUAAAGAGAUUCUGCAAGAAGAAGAAGACCUGGCAGAAAUUAUACAGCUAGUAGGGAAGGCUUCUCUAGCAGAAACAGAUAAAAUUACUUUGGAGGUAGCAAAACUUAUCAAAGAUGAUUUCCUACAACAGAAUGGAUAUACUCCUUAUGACAGGUUCUGCCCAUUCUACAAGACUGUGGGAAUGCUAUCCAACAUGAUCGCUUUCUAUGAUAUGGCCCGUAGUGCUGUUGAAAACACUGCCCAAAGUGACAAUAAAAUCACAUGGUCCAUUAUCCGAGAGAAUAUGGGAGAAAUUCUCUAUAAGCUUUCCUCGAUGAAAUUCAAGGAUCCGAUGAAAGACGGUGAGGCAAAGAUUAAAGCCGAUUAUGCACAACUUCUUGAAGAUAUGCAGAAUGCAUUCCGUAGCCUUGAAGACUAGAACUGUGAUUUCUUUCCUCUUUGUUGUCAGCAAGUUCAUCUGUGUAUUUUUUCCAAAAUUUGUCAUCUCAAGCCCUUUACUUCAUUGUGUAACGUUAAGACUAGUGCUAAUGUAUGUGAUCAUUUGUUUUCCUUGUUUAUUUGAUAAGUCUUCUAUAAAACAAACAUUCCUUAGCUGCAGUAUUUGAAGGGUCUCCCUUAUCCUCUGAAGUGGUGAAUAUAGUAAAUAUCUUGUACAAUGGCUACACUACUGUAUAUCUGUUAUAUAGGGUGACAUCCCUCCUUAUCCUGCUUUCUGCAUCUACCAUUCAGUUGAAACAGGAUUACUGUAUGUGUGCACUGUUUCUGCAGUGGAUUUAGAAUGGAAAAUUUCUAUAUAUUUUGACAUGUACUUUGUGAAAUGACUCCAUUAUUAUUAUGAUAAAAUUUUUAGAGCUUAAUAGUAUGCUAAGUAUUUUGCAGGAAAUAUUUAUGUUUUUUAAACAUGAAUGAUUAAUAUCCCCACAUGCAUUACUUUUCAACAUAAAUUAGAAAUAUUUAUGAAACUGUUGGAAACUAAACUCUUUAAAGUGGCAUUGUGGGGCUCAACACAAUAAAUAGAUUAGUACUCUCUCAAAAAGAAAGUGGAAAAGAAGCUAUGUCAACAAAGUUAGAUUAUCAUCUUAUUAAAGCUUUUAUUUUAUUUCAAGUUAAAAAAUAUGCGAUACCAAGGACUAUUCUACUGCAUUACUUUGAAAAAUAUUAAAAUUCCAUUUAAGGGCCAGGGUCAUAGCUUACAGGGCUGGGGUGCAUGUCACAUGUGGGAACCUCAGCUUUGCUCCCCAGGAAUACAUGGUUCUCCAAACAAUCAGGAGUGACCCCACACGCACACACAUUUACAUUUAAAACAGUCAAUGAGAACUUGAUCCACGUCACACCCUCUUUCUUUUCUUCAAACAUCUUAGAAGACUUGCCUUCUAAGAAUCAUGUGGCAGUAUAAUGAGAAAUAAAUAAAAUGCCAGCAAGAAGGCUGAAUUGUAUCUUGAAGGCUGGUUGUACCUUUAAGAAUCAGCUAAUUUAUAGUGAUUCUUGGAGGCCAGAGUGGCAUUAUAUAUUUUACAAGGUAGCAUAUGUCACACAUUUGCAUGUUUCUUGGCUUGUUGAAUUCUUGAACAACCACUUUCCCAGCUGUAGAAAAUAGUACUUGUGUAGUUAGUGUUCAUUGGCUAAAAACAAUUCUCAGAAUAUCUGUUGCCUUAGGCAGUGUAACAGUUUCCACUCUGCUUCUUCAGGGAUAAAAUUCUUGUAUCUGCUAAUAGAAUCUGGGUUAUGUAGGGAAGAAAGAUUUCUUUCAUCCUGAGUUUUGAGUAUAUGUUUAAAAUUAUUUCUGUGUCUGUAGAAUAAAGCACGCUAUAGAACAGCUCUGAGAGCAACAAUUUCCCAUGAACUCUGAUCAGUAGUGCUGGCACCAUGCUUCCUUGUUGGGAAGAAGAAGGUAGGGUAUGUGAGUAUGUCUUCACAGUCUCAAAUACCCAAAUGCAAUAGUAUAAAUAGAGUAUUUAUUUUAUGCCUCAAUAUUUGUUAUUUAAAAUUUUAGGUAAUGUGUUUCUUUUGGUCUGUUAAAAUAUAUAUCAGUAGUGAUAUCAGCAGCUGUUUGCAUGUUCUCCCAUGCAACUUUUUUAACCUUUUAGAAUAUUGGAAAAUAAAAAGUAUGCAAGGGUUUGUUGAGAUGUGACUUAAUGGUGCUGCUUCAACAGUUUGCUUCCAUUGUGGAACUCAGAGGUUCCAAGACCAGUGGAGACUAAAGAUUUCUGAAAGUUCCUCUUCCUACUUUAAACCAACCAGCAAAGUAGGGUUAUGACAGCAAUGAAUGAUAUAAUGAAGAAAGUUUGACCAAGCCUAUUUGUUGUUCUGAAUUUGCAAUGUACAUUCUCACUUCCUUUUAAGAAUGUUGAUGUAUGGGUGUGAAAACUCUAGAGAAACUAUGCUCAGAUAUUCAUCGUAAGUAUCCUCUUAACUUUAUGUUGUACAGUUUCAGGUCAGUCACUGGUCUUAUUUCUAUAGUAAGGAUGUGUUAAAAUUGCAACAGUCUUUUAAAAACACGAUACAGUUCUCUAUUUAUUGUGCUGUGCCUGGUUCUCAGUGGAGCCAGAUAAACAAGUUUCAUAUGCAUUUUUCCAGUGUUAAAUCUCACACAUCGUGUCUUUGGAAAUUUCCUUCCUUACUGAAGAACGAAUAGAAGAGGCCAAAUAUGUUGCCUCCUUAUCCUUGAGAUUUCACUAUCUUUAUGUUAAAAGUUGUGUAUAAUUGUUAAAAAAAAUCUAUGGAAUAAUAAAAAGUAAAUUUAAAUUAA